UCGGAUUUGCUCUGGAGUGGUUCAUGCAGACAGCAUGGGAACCGGGGAGUACAUGUGCAUCACUUUAGAAGGUGGGCCGCCGUGGGGGUUCACUCUGAGGGAAGGACAAGGGAGCACAUCUUUGAUGGUUUCCCAGGUAGAAGAAGGCAGUCACGCUUCUAAGGCCGGCUUACAGGAAGGUGAUGAGGUGGUGUCGCUGAAUGGAGAGCAGUGUGCGACGGUUACCCUAUCACAAGCUCACGCCCUCAUGGACACAUCCAACGACCUGCAGUUACUUGUCAAAAGGUCUGCGACCAAAGAAGCGUUAACAAGCUACAGAAGCCAAAAUCCGACAGAACUGUACAUAUCUGAGUCCCAGGAUGAGGCAUCAGACGGUGACCAAGACAUUGUCCCUGAAGACACGGAAUGCACCUCUCUUGGAAGUGCCCACAGCAUCAAAGGAAAUCUCUCCACCAGAGGUUCCAUUGCCACAAAGGAAGCACAAUCCUCCAUCCGUAAGCCAUUGAGCCAGCAUGGAGUUGUCGAAGGGACGGUAUCAUCAGCAUCAGCAUCAGCAGGGAGGGGCCUGGGAAGUUCCCAGAGUGGAGCAGAGGACAGGGGAGGUCCUUGUGAGAGUCCAGGGUCUUUCAGAGUUGCUUUUGAAUUCCCGUCAGAUGAGGGGACGCCCGCAGAGGAGGAGGAGGAGGAGGAUUCCGACCAGGAGAAACCCAACAGGCAUCGGGCGAGGCACGCCAGGCUCAGGCGUAGCGAGAGUCUCUCCGAGAAGCAGGUGAAGGAAGCCAAGUCCAAAUGUAAGCGGAUUGCCCUCCUCCUCACCACUGCUCCACCCAACCCCAACAACAAGGGGCUGUUGAUGUUCAAGAAGCACCGGCAAAGAGCCAAAAAGUACACCCUUGUGAGCUACGGCACCGGUGAAGACGAGCAAGACAGCACAGAAGAAGAGGACGGGGACGAGGAAGGCCAUCGAGGUGGAAUCCAUGUUUUGGAGUUCACCGUUGCAGCACAAGACCGCACCAAUUUAGAGAAACAUUUCAGCCAAGGCGGAAAAGGUGUGCUGACCAUCAGUCUCCAGGACAAAGGUCUCCUUGCGCAGCAUAAGCAAAUGGAGUGUCUACCGGACACCAAGGGCAAGGGCGCUCUCAUGUUCGCCCAGCGGCGCCAGAGGAUGGACGAGAUCGCUGCAGAGCAUGAAGAGCUCCGGCGCCAGGGGAUCCCAGUGGAAGGGGUGCAGGAGAAGCAGAAAGUGGUGGAGUCAUCCUACAUGCAGUCAGCCACAGAGGACCAUGUGUACAUGGAUGUGAAUGUACACCAGCGACAGCAGUACCAGCAGCAGCAGUACCAGGAGCAGCAGUAUCAGGAGCAGCAGUACCAGGAGCAGCAGUACCAGCAGCAGCAGUACCAGCAGCAGUACCAGCAGCAGCAGUACCAGCAGCAGCAGCAGUACCAGCAGCAGUAUCAGCAGGUUCAGCAGGUUCAGCAACAGAAAAUGUAUCAUCAAGAGUUUUCUCAGAAUGGCUCAGUCCAUCACCAAAGCAGUGAGAUGCAGAGUGCCCUUAGCAAUCGUACCGCAAAGCCCUUUUUGGUACAAAACAUGGCCGCCACUCCUUACUCUACAGUCAUGAGUGGCUCUGAUCAAGAGUCUACAGGUCAAGGAGAACAGAUUGCCUCCCGCGAUGAACGUAUUUCCACACCGGCUAUCAGGACGGGCCUUCUGGAUUCCAAGAGAAGGAAUGCCAGCAAGCCGAUGUUCACUUUUAAGGAGGCACCAAAGGUAUCACCCAAUCCCGAAUUGCUGAACCUCCUUAACAUGAGCAGAGAUAAGAAGACGGGGUUCGAGUCUGGACCUGAGGAGGACUAUCUCAGUCUUGGUGCAGAGGCAUGUAAUUUCCUGCAGUCCGCGCGGCUCAAACACAAGACUCCUCCACCAGUUGCUCCCAAACCCAUGAUCAACCCCAACGCCACCCCCUGGUCCCCUCAGAUGGACAGCCAGGAAAUGCCUCAGCAGCAUGCUGAAAAUAGUGCUUGCCCACCUGCUGUAGCCCCCGCUGUAGAGACCACACCUUCCACAGACCAGGAGCCAAUCUCUGUUGCCCCUGAGCCAUCUCCCCCUCAAGCUGCAGAAAAACAACAAACAUGGCCUCCCUCUGCGCCAGAAACACAAGUGACACAAGUACAAGAGGGGAAUGCUCAUGCCAGUUCCUCGCCACAGCCUGAUCCAGGAAGAAUGUGCGAUUCAGCAACAACGCAAGCAGCUCCGCAGCAAUCCACCAUUUCCUGUGGAUUCCAAUUACAACAGCCCCUGAACCCACCGCCAAGACAGUCCCCUCCUCAACAACAAUGGGUGACACAUCAGCCCACUCUGAGCCAAGUCCAGGCUCAGCCCCCAGUAGCCAAUACUUGGCAGCCCUCCUGGACCCAACCAGAGCAAGCACAGCCUCCAGCCCAACCAUCCUGGUGUCCGUCAGAAAAGCCACCACAAACAACCUGGUCGCAAGAACCACAAAUGCAGCCGACCUGGGGACAACCACAUACAGCGAUGCAGCAGCAAUCACAGACAUCCUGGGCCCAGCCUCUGCAAGAACAGUCUCAAUCGGCUUGUCCGCAGCAUAAACCCCAAGCACAGCCACCUUGGGUUCAGCCAGAAUCCCAGCCGCAACCACCAUGGUGUAAACCAGCACAGCCUCAGGCUCCACCACAAGCCUGGUCACAAACCCAGGCACCAGAUCAAAACUGGGUUCCCCCUCAGCAGCAACCGCCCAUUGAUUCCUGGCCUCCUUCGCAACCUCCUUGGACCCAAGCAGCUCAAGCACAGCCUCCAGUCAGCUUGAAUCCAUGGGCCCCCGCUCCUGCCCAGCCGACAUGGACUCAGCAGGCUCCAGAACAGGUCCAGCAUGCCACUCCAUCCUGGGGAGCAGCUCAAGAUCAGGACCAACACCAGCCACCUUGGGUUCAGCCUGCUCGUUUGCAACCAUCGCCACAGUCCACCUGGCAAACUCCGAAGCCUCCACCGCCGCCUGCAGUGAACGCAUGGCCUCCAGCUCAACUUCAGACCCCUGUCAAUGCCUGGACACCUCAGUCUCAGCAAACGCCAACAACCAACACUCACCCCUUGCCAAAACCUUGGCAACAAAAUCGCAGCCCUCCUCCACCACCACCAACACAGCAGCGAAACUUUGCCAUUGGUCAAAAAGUUUCCUCCCCUGUGAACCCCUUGGCAACAAUCUUGAACCCGUCUUCUGCCGGCUCAGCCUUCGAGAUGCCAGCCGUUAAGGGAAAAGGUGCUGACAUGUUUGCCAAGCGGCAGUCUCGUAUGGAGAAGUACAUCGUGGACUCGGAGACUGUUCAAGCCAACAUGGCGAGCCGAUCAACAUCACCUGCUGCUUCCUUACCCAAUGAGUGGAAGUAUACCCCCAAUGUACGUGCGCCACCUUCUCGGGCUUUUAACCCCAUUCAGUCCCCUUCUUAUCCACCGGCGGCAUCAAAGCAACCCCCUUCCAGCGGCCCCGUGUCAAAAUCCAAGAAAAAAGGCAAACCUGCCCCAAAACCGCUCAAUGCUAUCGACGUCAUGAAGCAUCAACCUUACCAGCUUAGUGCCUCGCUCUUUACAUACGGUCCUGCAGCAGAAUUUGCCAAGGAAUCCAAACCUAACUGUUCACCUCCUAGCUAUCAAGCACCCUCAUAUGAGCAAAUGUCCCCUGAUCAACCAGCCGGGACCUUUAGUCCUCCAUACCCCCAACAGGCCUACGAACCCAUCCAGGCUAUGCCGCAUGAUGGCACCUACCAGCCAACUCCUUACCCCCCUCCUGAUCCUUAUCAGCAACCUUCAGGCGGUCCCUCCUGGGCACCAUACAACCAACCGCCCAAUCCCCAGUACCAACCGCCUCCGGUCCCCUACCAAACAGCUGCUAGUCCUCCUUACCUUGCAUCUGCUUACCAGCAGCCCCAUGCUAACAUCACUCAUAGUUUUCCUGUAGCUUCCCCGCCUGAGUCCACAUCCGGGGGAAGCUCUGCUGCUGCCCCCAGACCUAAAUUUACCGCAAGAAAAAGCUCCGCUCAGGUUUGGAAGCCCACUGGUGUUGAGAAAGAGUGAUCCCAAUCACAUUGUAUCAUGUUUAUUGGAAGGAUUCAUGUCAUUUUAAACUUUAAAGUUCAAAGAAUGUAGGGUGGUACGAUGAGUAAAAUAGGACAGAAUUUUAGAAAAAGAAAGAAGGAUGAUUGUAUGUGCUUAAUGUCAAAUAUUGUAGAGAUGUGAUAGUUCGCCAGCCCGAGAAGCGUCCAAUUUUAACCAUAUAAAUGUUAUCCUAAUAAUAACAAUAAUAGUAAUACUAAAACUAUUUGAUUACUUCACUGUCCUUUACUUCCAUGCAGCACCUUUGUCAAGUGAAUUUAUUUUCAGCGUUUUUUUUCCUGCCAGCUGUUGCGUCAUGCUGGGUGUUAUAUUUAUACCACGGUUGACACAUAGCAGGCUUGAAUUUCAACUUGAGCCAAACUAAUCGACCAUAUAGCUUUAUCUUUGCAAUGGCCUUCGUAUAAAUAGACUGCAUUUAUUUAUGUUUUGCAAUUUGCUUUUUUGUUCCCUUUCUCCAUUUUCCCCUCCUUAGUGUGUUCUCUUCUUCACAAUGCACUUUCCUGUAUACCAAUCACUGCAGUGCCAUUAAAAUACUUUUAUCUUUCUUUGGCUUUUUCUUCCGUUUCCUUUUCUUCUCCUUGCUGCAUGUUUUUUUCUGUCUUAUUUUCCCAUGCUUGUUUCUUUUUUACACUAUGUGCUAUUCUAUAUUAUUAUUAGCAGUCAAAAGUUUGGAGUGAAUUCCAAUAGCAGUAACUAGAAAUACAAAAUGUAUUCAGAAAUUAUGUAGCAAUUGAGGCUGGCAUUGUGUUGGCCACAGAGUCAGGAAAUCCGGCAGACCUUGGUUUGAUUCUCUGCUUGGGCAUCUCUGUGUGGAGUUUGCAUGUUCUCUCCGUGUGUGCUUGGGUUUUCUCUGGGUUUCUCCCACAUUCAAAAAAUAUCCAUGUUGGGUAAAUUGGCAAUUCAAAAUUGUCCAUAGGUAUGAAUGGGAGUGCAAAUGGUUGUCUAUACUGUUUAUGCCCUGCACUUGGCUGGCAACCAGUCCAGGAUGAACCCUGCCUCUGCACGAAUCCACUGUGAUAGGCUCCAGCAUACCCCUGUGACCCUAAUGGGAAUAAGUGGCAUAGAAAAUGGAUGGCUUUAGUAACUGAUUUACUUUACUAUACUUUACUUACUUUAAUACUGUAUAUUAGUGUAUUUCCUUUCCUCCUGUGCAUUCAAGCUCUUGUAAUUCUAUCUUUCACCACACGAUGACAGCCUUGCAUUUCCUAUAUGUGUUAUACAGGCGCUUGGCUUCAAAAGAGCAAUUAUUUUUUAAUCUAUAUUAGAACACAAAGAUGUUUUUUUCAUAACUCAUGUCCCGACACCUUUACUAAAAUAAACUGAA